AGUUUUACGUACUGGUUUCUUCCGAGCACCAAUCUAUUUUAUUAUAUUAAUAAAUUACGUAAUUCUAUUGAAGUUUUACAAAAUUAGUAUUGUAUUGUAUCUGGUUUAAUAAUUAUAUACUUUAGUCACUCUCCUUUCAUUUUGGUCUCUACUGAACGUCACAACAAAUAAGAAAGUAAGCGUUUGUUUACUAUUAUGACGUCUCAUUAAUAAAUUUUAUUUAUACUAAAAUUUUAAGUUUAUUUUGUUGUUAAUUUUACAGGAAACGUAGUGACAAUGAACAGGGAUAAAAGAGAACCAGAGUAUCCUGCAGAGCUCGAAUCACAGUUUAUAAUGAGACUUCCUGAAGAACCUGCAAAAUUGCUAAGAGGAAUUCUUAAAUCUGGCGAUAAUUUAAAGAACCGUCUUACUAUUCAAAUUGAUAAUGAUAUGCGUCAUGGAGAAGUGCGGUUUGACCACUGGUUGAUGCAUGCUAAAAUUGUGGAUCUUCCUACUGUUAUUGAAUCAAUGAAAACAAUUGACAAUAAAAGUUUUUAUAAAACGGCAGAUAUUUGCCAAAUGAUGAUAUGCAAAGAUGAACCAGAUCAACCACCCACAGAAGAGGAAUCACCUGCCAAAAAUAAGAAAAAGGAUCCCUAUAAGGUUGAUAAAAAGUUUCUUUGGCCCCAUGGUAUUACACCCCCAACAAAAAAUGUUCGUAAACGUCGUUUUAGAAAAACCCUAAAGAAAAAGUUUGUUGAAGCACCUGAAAUUGAAAAAGAAGUAAAACGUUUACUUAGAGCAGAUAAUGAAGCUGUUAGUUUUACAUGGGAGGUAAUAAAAGAAGAUGAUGAGCAACAUUCUAAGAUAGAAAAGAGCUCACCAGCAAAUGUGAAACCAGAUAAAAAAUCAAAAGUUGAUCGUAAAAGAGAAUCCAUGUCUGAUGCAACCAAUCCAGAAUCAUCAAAUGUUGUUGACAUAUUUGGAGGAGCUGUGAGUGACAGCGAUUUGGAAGAAGAGAAUAUAAAUGUUGAAAUGGAUGAUAGUCGUCUAUCUGCUUAUGAUAGUCGACUGUCCGAUACUAACUCCAUGCACGGAAUAGGAGAUAUAAAUACUAAAAGAGAAUCACUACCCACACAAUUCAAUCCUGCAAUGUUCCAUUCUCGUAAAACCUCUUCUAGCCAUACUGUCACGAGUGGAACUAUAGGAUAUUCAAAAAGUGCUGUACUUUCUUCUGAAGAAGAUCUUGAUUUUCAAUCUCAAGAUAUGUCCAAAGAUAAUAUGACUUUCAGAAUAGAACAGUUAAGAGCAGAGUUAGAAGAGUUAAAACAACGGAGACAGAGAACACAACAUGAAAUAUCUGGCAUGGAAAAUUUGGCAUUGAGACAAAGAUUUCAAGAUAAUUUACAUACACUGAAUCAGGAUAUACUUUAUAAAGAAAUGGAAUACCAAGGUUUGCUCACAUUACAAAAUUCCGAAGAUAUUUAAACUUGUCAAACAAUAUAUGCAUACAGUAAGGAAAGAUCAAUUAAAACAUAUUGUGUUUAUUGUGUAGAAUUUAAUCAGAAAUAGAUAAUUUCAUAAUGCAUAGUUCACAUAUUAAAGUCAUAUUUACAUAAAAAAUAUUUGUAUGGUAGCAUGGAUAAAUGCAGUACAAUAUUAUGAUUACAAGUUUCUGCUUGGAUGUCACUCUGAACAAAAACAAGUGAUUCUUAAAUAUAUAUAUUCUAAACCAUGUUCUAUUAUAGUCAAUCAAGUUUUAAAUCAGUUUGGUAAUCCUGAAAUUUUGUUAAAAUUAUAUUUCACAAUUAAGAAUAUUAAAUUAAUUAUUGUUAUAUUUGUUAGAUUAAUUAAGGUUUAUUAUUGAACUAAGUUCAAUAUUAUGAACAAGGCUAUACAUUUUAUAUGCAGGUUGUUUAUCCUUUGAUAUAACUGUAAUUGAUGUUUUAUUAAUUUGCAUUAAAAACUUUAAAUACCAAGGAUUAAAGUUAAAUAGGCACUUAUAUAUUUGUUCUGGCAUCAUCAAGACCUAUUUGCUAUAGCAAUACAGAUGAUAAGUUCAUAUAUAAUACUAAAAGUAGAUUAAAUAAUAGUUUAAUAUGUAAAACCAUGAAUUAAAUAAGUAACAUAUGAUAUUUGAUAAAUUUUGCAUUCACAAUGCUAUACUAAUACCUAGUACAAAGUACCCUGAAAUGGGACUCAAAUCCACAAGCAUUUGUAUCUGUUGUUGGUUCAAGUCUUUUAAGCAUUUUUCAUUAAAUGUAUUUAUCAGCAACACAUUGUAAAUGCAAAAUUGAUCAAAUAUAAUACAUAAUUAGAACAAAUUUUCAUCUAGACAAAAAGUUUAAAAUAUUUGUAAAAAAUAUUUCUAUCGGCUAUUUUGGUGGAUUGCCUGUACAUGAUGAAAAUACUGGGGUUGGUAGAUUUUUAAGCACAUUUUAUUAAAUAUGUUUACAUAUGAUAAAAUAUUAGUAUUGUAAUAAUUAUAAUUAUAUUAAAUAAUAAUUAUAUUGUAAUAUUAAAUAAUUAUGUAAUAGUUAUGCAGCAGGUACAUACAUUUAAAUAGAAAUAAAUAAAAAAUCAGUUGUAUUUAAUAAUAAAGUUUGUUAUAUAUUUUUGUAUUUUUUUGGCGGCCUUAUUAAUUAUGAUUGAGAGUUGUUUGUAUACUACUUAUCUCAAGUUAGAAAUAAUAUAAUUAAAAAAAAGAUUUAAUGACAAGACAAAGCAUAAAUAAAUAUUAUUUCAAUUAUAUAUAUUUUACCAUUAAUUAUUAUGAUUUUAUUUAUGUUUUAAUUAAAAUGAAUUGCUAUUUUAUUAUUAUUUUGAUAUUUGUGCAAAAGCAAAAGUAUUUAUCUGUGAGAAAUGCGCACAUUAAAUCGGUCUAUUUAGUAUGAUAUUUGUGUCAGGAGUAUAGCAAGCGAGGCAAGAGGGUUCAAGAGUUCUGUAAGAGUUUCGCAACAGAAAUCUUGACGCGGAUAUACGCAUUUUUUAAUUAAAUCACUAAAAAAAUUGGCCGAUAACAGAUUCACUGGAUUCACUUUAAAGAAAACGUGAAUGCUUAUAAAACAAAAAAAGUCAUUGGAUCAUAAUGCUCUAUGUGUAAGAAAAAAAAAAAACAAAUAAACAAGUUUUAUUGGCGAAUUACGUUUGCUUACGUAAAAUGUAUCUAUUAAUAACUUCAGGAAGCUAUCAUAUAACUCCAUUGGCAUAUUUCUUAAUUUCUUUCAGUAAAGAACAUUCAACUCUACAAUUUUUUUUCGUAUGUUUAAUUUCAACGCAAAAGUCU